AUGAAGAAAUGGCGGCUCUCCAAACGCCGGACGUUUGAGGAAAUAUAUUGUCCACCUAAUGGAGUGUUUAUCGACGUGAAAAAACACCUCAGCCGACCUGAAUAUUUACGUUUGAUAGAUGAAAAUGAGCUGAUGGUUGUGGAAUUCUGCGAGGGGACGUUGGAAAAAGGAGAGAGGCCUUCUGGAAGAUGCCAAGGAAGAAACAACAGAAUCCACAGCCAGUCAAGUUGA